UACAUGAUUCCAGUCUCAUCAAAGUUCCAUGUGUGAGUCCGGGCAGGUGGGAGAAGGAGGAAAUAAAACACACUUGAUGCUGUGUGAGCCUCUCCUCCCCCACGCUGAGCCUGAACAGGACAGGCAGCACAUACUAUUUGCAUUAGAGAGCUCCAUGGUGAUGUCUGUGUACACACACUAACAUACACACACCUACGCUUCACUUCAGACAUUAACAAGCCCAACAGGUGAUUUAGAGGAAGGCUGCUGCUCACAGGAUUUCAGAGCAAACUUGAUCUGUCGAGAACAAUGGAAAGCAUGUGAUGGAGCUGAUAUGAUGUUUGUUAUGAGGCUGCUCAGAUAAGGUGUGGUACUGAGCUGUCCCCUGCAGGUGUGCAGGUUGCAGAGGACACGGACCUGACACCAACUGCUGCUACAGGGGAGAAGCCACGGACACCAGAAGAAGAUGAACUGGGGUUUUCUGGAGAAUGUCCUGAGCGGGGUGAACAAGUACUCCACUGUGAUUGGACGCAUCUGGCUCUCUGUGGUCUUCCUCUUCAGGAUCUUGGUGUACGUGGCGGCGGCCGAGCAGGUGUGGAAGGACGAACAGAAGGACUUUGUGUGCAACACGCGGCAGCCUGGCUGCGAGAACGCCUGCUUCGACCACUUCUUCCCCAUCUCCCAGGUGCGUCUCUGGGCUCUACAGCUCAUCAUGGUGUCCACCCCGUCCCUUCUGGUGGCCCUGCAUGUGGCCUACAGGGAGCACCGGGAGGCCAAGCUCAAGCGAAAACUGUACCAGGACAAAGGGAGCAUCGACGGAGGUCUUUUCUGCACCUACACCAUCAGCCUGGUCUUCAAGACGGCCUUCGAGGUGGGCUCCCUGCUCGCUUUCUACUUCCUAUACAACGGCUUCGAGGUGCCCGUACUGCUGCAGUGCACUGAGAGUCCAUGCCCCAACACGGUGGACUGUUUCAUCGGCAAAGCCACGGAAAAGAAGAUCUUCCUCUACAUCAUGGGCUGCACCUCCAUCCUGUGCAUCGCGCUGAAUUUCGUGGAGCUCAUGUACAUUAUGUGGAAGCAGCUGUGGAAGUUAUUCAGCAAGCGGUACAUCCCUGUGAAGCAGAAGCCUCCCAGCCACAGAGAGCCACCUGUUUCCAUUGUCAACAGGUUCGCCACGGCUGAGCCCACAGCAAACACAGAGAUCAGCAUCACAGAGCCUGAAUCUGAAGCUGUACCCACCCCUGAAAACCUGCCCGUCCAGUCCUGAAGGGCUGAGACUGACCCACAGCUUCUGUUCCCAUCGGAGUGAAACCACAGGGAAACUUUUGUUCACCUGUACUUACAUGGAUGCUGCUCACAAGUGUCUCUUUAUACAACCUGGGCUAUUAAUAAAGCAGCUGAAUAGAUUUAACGGUACAGUUGGGUGUAAACUGAAAAAAUAAGUUGUAUUACAUUUUAGGGUGAACAAACUACUUACAAAUAUUGAUGCUAAUAAAAUAUGUUUUACUUUAACAGAUGUUUGGUUUAGGAGUCAGUUUAGCUGAAAAGAUGAAUUCCACAUGGCUCCAGUUAAACUCGAACCAGCAGAACUCAACUUCUUGCUUUUUCUCCUAUUUUACAGUCACAGUGAGCAGCAUGAUUUAGCAUGUGAAAGGACAUUUAUAGAGUCCUCAGGUGUUGAAUGUGUCAAGUUUGAAAAAAGAAGGAAAGUUGCUAAUGCAUGUACAGCUUUUGGGCAAUUUAAACCAUAUUAGACCACAAGGUUGCUGUCAAAACUCAAAGGACAGAGUUUCUUCUGUCUUUGUUGUAACUGAUUUCUACUGAUAUUGUCUGAAGUAAUAUUUAGUACUGGUUAUUAUGUAUGUAAUAUGCAUAGGAAAUAUAUUUUUCAAAUCAAAUGAGCAUGACAAUAUUAGUUAAUUGCAUAUUAGUUAAUCAUGGAACAUUUAUAAGUGCAGCUUGUCUAUACGUGUAACACUGUUUACAUUUUACAUCAUUUAUAUUCAUGCAAUAGCAGCUUAUGAAUAUGUCAAGUGCAAUAGUAAAUUAAUAUAUAGACAUAAACCCAAGUGUGCUUUCUUGCUUCUCUGCUAAAAGCUGCUGUUUUGAUUGGUCAACCCAGAAAGUGUGUUAAAACAUUGUGGCCACGUAAAACUGUUUUGAACGUAGACACAACCACAACAUUGUUAAAGGACCCCUUUAAGCACUUUUCACCAACCUCCUCGUCCUGAUCAUAGACUGUCAGACUUUAAAAGACUGACAUGCAGUUAUUUCUUUUAGGUCAAGUGAAUGUGACUAUGAGCAGUUAAUAUUAAAUAUGACAAAUUCAGGUAUAAAAUCUGGUUCCUCUGCCCUGUCCAUAUAUACACACACACAGGUAUUUUGUUAAAAACGGCUUUGUCUAUGCAUUUUGACCUUUUAUCCACAUAAAGACACUUUUAGGACACUGAUAAACUUUUGGAAGAUUAUUUCCAAGUUUAAAAUAUUCAGAAACUUCAUUUGCACUGUUGAUGUGUAACAGCAAGAGCAGAUAUGGACAAAAUUGUGCUUUUGCUAACACUGCUAAUAGAACUUUUUACAUGAUUACAUAGAAGUAUAGCUACUCUGCCAGCGUACUGAGGAAAAGCAGUGUCAGAAUCACUCCACACAAAUAAAAAGAAGUCUUUUAUGAACACAAUGGAGGGAAAACUCUUUUUAAAAAUAAAGCUUGGAUUAAACCCUAAAGACACAGGAGGUAACUAUCAAAUACAUAACCAUUUGUAUAAUAUUUGAUACAUGACUUUGAGACCUCUAUCUCAUCAACAUGAAUCAUUUCCUUAAUGACCUAUUGUAUACAACCUGAUACAUGUAUUCUGCCCCCCUGUGGAUUAUCAUUCCACUACAGGCAGCUGAAGUCAUAUUUUGCCCCUUUUCAAAAUGGCUACUCAUGAACUCAUCCACGUGUUUCAAGAAAAUCAUCGCUAAUUUUCAAGAAGGUAAAAAUAACAUGCAAGUUGUUACUCAUUUUUUAAAAAUAAAUAUUUUCUGCAUUGAAAGAAAGCAUGUUUAUUAAGUAAUUGUUUAAAUUUCAAUUAACUUGUGUUAAAAUGUCUAUCGAAUUUGAUACUCUGGGUUUAUAACUUGCCUUUUUCCUAAAUUUUCAUGUAUAAUUCAGGAAAUUUUACAUGAUAUGGCAAAUUUUUUCUUUUGGAUUUGGUUAAAAGGGGUAACAGACAUCUCAGUUCCAAAAAAGUUGAAUUUUCUGGCUAUUUUCUGAUGGGUCAGGCUUUACAGGGUUACAAAAAAUUAGCAUGUAAC